AUGUGGAGCGCAUGGCCGUGGUCCAGAAGAAGCGGCUCGGGCUAUCCACAACGCGAGUGCUUCUUCUGCCGCACCACGAGCACCAUCCUGCCUCCAUACACGCCCGACUCGCCUUUGGACGGGAGCCAUCCUAGCCACGUCGAUGGACGGAGCUCUCAGCUGGCCACUUCAUCGACGACCACCAUCUCGACGGGAACGCCGUUCAACUGGUACUGCUCCAGCUGCCACUGCCAGAAUGUAGCCACGCAAGAUGGAGAGCCGGUGCAGCAGUACACGCGCCCAAUGUGGGACGAAGCGUGGAAUCGCGACCGCAAUCAGCUCCUACGUCACACACGACCGAGAACGCCUUUGACCCCAAAGCGCACCGUGGCAUCAACAGCAUGCUCGAUACAGCCUAGCAGCACGACGAAAGACGGCGACCGCUUCGUGUUCUGCCAUACGUGCCAGACCAACCAGGUGCUCACGCUCAACAUGCUUGCCGACUACCUGCCCAGCGAGGAUGAUCCAGGAUACGAUGCGAAACUUGCGCAGCUGCCAGAGUACGAGGCGUCGAUUGCAGCCCGAUACCCGCCGGUGUGCGCGCAAUGUGCGCCAAGAGUGCAGCAACGCAUCUCGGAGCGCGACGGAUAUGCGCGCAGCUGGAGCCUGGGCAAGUGGCUCGAGCUCAAGAAGACGGCGAGCAGUGCAGAUGUUGCAGCUGCAUCUCGGCUAGCAUCGCCUGCUCGCAGCAGCACUCCGUUGCGAGCUGCCGCGCUCUCGAAGGGCGACUCGACGCCUGUGGAGCAACAACAUGGCGAUCCGCCGAUGCGUGCAGCGAGCCUUUGGAGCGCGACAACGACGUCCACACCCGCAUGGAUUCUCUUUGCGCUCAUCACUGGCAGCAUAUGGGGCGUCUAUCUGCUAGCUGCUUUGCGACCGGAAGCGGUGCUGCGCGGAAUGGACGAAAUGUACGAGGCGAGGCGGAGGGGGUUGCUAGCUGUGGUGUGCGUGGCAUUGCUGCUGCUGCACUGCGUACGGAUGCAGCCAAUGCAGCGAUCGAUUGAAUCGGCGCACGCGCGCAACAUCCGCGUCCAAGUGGACGGUCUUGACACAUGGCGCGCCACGCAGCGUGUCAUGCUCGCGCUUCGCACGGCAGUGCUCGUUGUGGCGGCGUGGCGAAUCGGGCAUUCCGUUUCGCUCUUUUCAGCGCUGCGGCGAUCGACUGCGAUGGAUCGAGAUGGAGUGGUGUUGUUGCGGCAGGCGGCGGCUGCGUUGCUGGCGAGCGAGAUGGGGCUCACUGCGUACGCUGCGUGCCAGCUCAGCGUGCGGCUGCCGAAACCACUGCAGCUCGUGUCGCAGCCCAUCGUGGCGACCGACCAUCCGAGCCAUUCGUCGGCGGAUCCGCUUCUCACGAGUCUCAGUCUGGACGAUCAGCCCAAGCCCAACUGCUUCGCCGCCGCUGCCACGACGAUUGGGGUGCUUCAAGACGCGUUUGGCGACGACGACGGCGUGGCGGUGCCGCGCGUGCUGCGCGAUGCGGACGGCGACGCGGUGAUGGAAGAAGUGGCAACGUACAGUGCACGACGUCGGAUGUCGAGCUCAUCCGACGAAGACAUGGACGACGUGGCGCGUAACUCGGGAUCUUCGUGGUUCAAUGUUGCACCAAAACCACCGCGAGCUCUGGGCGAAAGCGGCGCUUACGACCACUUUCAACUCGGGCCGCAACGCUUCUGGGAGCCGCAGAAUCCGACGGGCCUCGAAGAUGUAUUUGGCCGAGCCGUAUCGCUCGACGACACGCCCGAGCGCACCAGUCGAGACCAGGCUCGCAAUGCGUCGGCGAGGUGGAGCCAAUGGUUCGGCUUUGCCUGA